AUGGGCCUCAUCUCUGUGGUGCUCAACACUUUGGCCCUCACAUUCAGUCUCGAUCAAAUUUUGACCAAUGGAGCAAGCACAUUGGGCCUCCUGACAUCGCCAUUACUGCCUAAAUUCCUGAUCAACAAUCCUUUACAGGAUGGUUUUCCAUGGGGAAAUCAUGACUGCACCAACACCAAUCCCUACAAGCAAGAACUCGAUACUGGGGUUACUAGAACAUAUGACUUCACCAUCUCACGUCGUGUUCUCUCACCAGACGGCUAUGAAAAGAGCUUAAUCUCAGUGAAUGGGCAGUUCCCUGGCCCUCUCAUUCAGGCUAAUUGGGGAGACACAAUCGUUGUUAAGGUGACGAAUAACAUUUCCACCCCAUUGGAAGGUACAUCUAUCCACUGGCAUGGAUUUCUUCAACACAGCACUCAAUGGAUGGACGGAACUCCGGGCUUCACUCAAUGCCCUAUUGCCCCUGGGAAAUCGUUUACUUACAAGUUCAAGGCCGAGUUAUAUGGAACCACAUGGUAUCACGCUCAUUACUCUUCCCAAUACACGGACGGGGUCAUCGGACCCAUUGUGAUAUACGGACCAAAUCAGAAGAACUAUGAUUAUGACCUCGAUGUCGGCCCCAUAUUACUGUCCGAUUACUAUCACAACAGCUAUGAAUCUACUGUCGAAACACUGCUCGCUCCUCGUCCGAAGCUGCCACCCCUUAAACCAGUGAGCGACAACAAUCUGAUCAACGGAAAGAUGAACUUCGACUGUUCAACGGCGGCGGAUAAGAGAGUCAAGUGUUCUAACAAUGCUGGCUUGUCGAAGUUCAGGUUUCAGACAGGAAAGCGACAUCGACUACGACUGAUCAAUGCUGGAGCUGAUGCAAGUCAAAAAUUCUCCAUGGAUGGUCAUCAGAUGACCGUUAUCGAGAACGAUUUUGUUGCUGUUCAGCCAUACAAUACUUCUGUAGUCACUCUCGGAGUCGGGCAGAGAACCGACGUUAUCGUCACAGGUCUUUCGGACCCUAAGGGUACCUACUGGAUUCGAAGCAAUGUGACAUGUGCCGAAGCCAAACAGCCAUAUGCAUUAGCCGCACUCUACUACCCCGAUGCAUCGUCCACAGCAUUACCUACUUCAUUCCCCUUACACACACCCAGCAUCAGCUGCGACAACGACGCCUUGGAGAAGACCAUUCCCACAUACCCCAUCGGCCCUAGAAACCCAGACCAGACAUACGUCCUUGACCUCACAGCAGGCCAGAACGCGUCAGGGGUAUGGCUCUGGACGAUGAACAACUUGACCUUCCGGGCCGACCUAAGCCAGCCAGUCCUCUUGCAAGCCAACAAAGGCAACCUCACAUUCCCUCCAGCCUGGAACGUGAUCAAUACGGGCUCCGCCAAAUCCUACCGCUUCAUCUUCAACAACAACAGCCCACUCCCCCAUCCCAUGCACUUCCACGGACACAACAUGCACAUCCUCGCCGUGGGCCGCGGCAAAUGGGACGGGAAGACGAUCGUACGGCCCGAAAAUCCACAGCGUCGAGACGUCCAGAUGGUGCCCGAGUUCGGCUACAUGGUGUGGCAGGCCAGUGCGGAUAACCCCGGCGCAUGGGCUUUCCACUGCCACAUCGCAUGGCACGCGGCGACGGCCCUCACGGUCGACAUCCUCGAGCAGCCCGCCAAGAUCAAGGGUCUGCAGAUUCCGAGUUCUGUCGAGCAGACUUGCGCCGAGUGGCGCGCCGUCGUUGCCACCAGUCAGAUCGAGCAGAUCGAUUCUGGUGUAUAG